UGGCUCGCCAUUGGCACUUCGUCUUGCUUCUCGAUCCACUUUGAACAGACGAUGGGGUUUUCCACAACAGCAACAACAACAACAACUAGCAAGUUAUGCUACCAAAGCAACCAGAAACAACAAAAGCAGUGGCAAUGACAACCUUUCGUCCGGCAUGUAUGCAGCGGCCAUCUUCAUUUCCAUGCUGGGCCUAUCCUAUGCAGCCGUACCACUGUAUCGACUCUUCUGCGCUAGCACAGGAUACAGCGGCACGCCAGUGACUGACGCGAACCGAUUCUCAAAAGAACGACUUGUGCCUCACAACGAACAACGACGGAUACGCAUUACAUUCGAAAGCAACACAUCCGACGCCUUACCAUGGUCCUUCAAGCCGGAACUUCGUGAAAUCUACGUUGUCCCCGGCGAAACGGCACUGACUUUUUACAAGGCCAAGAGCAAGGCUAAGGAAGAUAUCGUUGGCAUUGCGACAUACAAUGUCACGCCCCAUCGUGCCGGCUCCUACUUUAACAAGAUUCAGUGUUUCUGUUUUGAGGAGCAACGGCUUGAGCCUCAAGAGGAUGUGGAUAUGCCCGUGUUUUUCUUUAUUGAUCCUGAUUUUUUGGAUGAUCCAUACAUGAAGGAUGUCAAUACCGUCACACUCAGUUAUACUCUAUUCAAUGCUAAAUAUGCCAAGCAUUUAUCACCUGUACAACCUCCAACGGCGUAGAUGCAUUUUAAUAAUAAAGAAAAAGCUUAGAAAGAAAGGGAUAGAAAGGAAAAAAAAAGAGAUAAUACUUUUUUUUUGCUUUUAAUACUAGUAAUGAUGAUUUAUGAUA